AUGGGGAAUUGCUUAGUUGUUGAAGAGAAAGUUAUAAGAAUUAUGGAGCCUGAUGGCAAAAUCCUUGAAUAUCAAGCCCCCGUCAAAGUUGAACAAGUGUUAUCAAACUUCUCCGGUCAUGUACUGUCGGAUUCAUUUUCAGGCUUCCACCAUCUUCAACCUGAUGCAAAGCUGAUUUUAGGGCAGUUGUAUUACCUUAUACCUCUUCCAUCACCAUCCAAAAAGGGUAAGAAAAAGAAAACGAGGUUUUCAAAUCCAGAAGUGAAUGAUGACCAAGUAAGGAGUCCCAAUGUUGUCAGAAUUAAGCUGAUAAUUAGUAAGCAAGAACUGCAAGAGCUGCUUCAAAAUGGAGGAGUUUCAGCUCAGGACAUUGCAUCUCACAACAUACAAAGUAAACAAACCACAAAUGGAAUCAUCACACCUGAUGUUGAUGAUGAUAGCUGCAGAGGGUCGAAGCCUGUAUUACAAACCAUAGCUGAAGUAAACUAG